CACACACCCUCAACACUUUUUUUCCUUCCCUUAAACACGCAAAACGAGCUCCUCGACCUAGCUAUCUGCCCACAAACCAUAAAUAGAAAGCAAAGCAAAAAAUGGCUGGAGUUUGGGUGUUUAACAAUGGUGUAUAUCGCCUUGAAAGUAGUCCCCGGAGAAAGGUUUUGGUACACUUGCCAUCUGGUGAGGUUAUAUCAUCCUACUCUUCUCUGGAGAACAUUUUGAGGGGUUUAGGGUGGGAGAGGUACUACGGGGGUGACCCUGACCUCUACCAGUUCGACAAGCACUCCUCCAUUGACCUGAUUUCACUUCCUAGGGACUUCUCCAAGUUCUGCUCCGUUCACAUGUAUGAUAUAGUCGUUAAGAAUCCCAAUGUCUUCCAUGUGAGGGAUAUGUGAGCUCAGCUCUAUCUACAGGCUUGGGCCAAAUUAGCUCUGAUCUCUUUCCUAUAUAUAUAUAUAUAUAUUCCAUGCUACCUGUAUCAUCAUAACCAGUCUCUAGUCUAGUUCUCGUGUGAUCCCUUGUCUUUGAUUUCUAAUUUCUGAGGUGACUUCAAGCUCAUCUGUAGGGCAUUGUUAUCUGGUGUAGCAUAUGUUUUAGGAAUGGUUCCACUAGUGUUUUAGGUCUCUCAGACGACCUAUUUCAUGUGCUUGCUUCAAAUAAAGUGGACUAGUGUUUGUAAUAGGUUUGUAAUAAAGAUAUGGAUUGCUUUUGUUUCCAUGUCUGUAUGUAUAUUUAUUUUAUGAUAAUAAAGUCAUGGACCUUGACAGCA